AAUAUUACUUGUGAAUUGUGAUUGAGCAGUAGAUAGAAGCCCAUAGCGGCAGCUCCUAAAACCUACCAAUAAAGACUCUUCCUUUCCCCUCUCCUUCUCUCUCUCUCUCUCUCUUCUUCACUCUGAAUUUAGAUAAAGAGAAAGCGAGAAACCGCAGCUCACAGCCAUGGGAGAGGAUUGGUUUUCUUCCACACUUUCCUCUGUUUUCUCCAUUUCCUUCUCUCACGCCCUACAAUGAACCAAAAUCUCAACCUCUUCUUCUCAGAAGAAGAUGGUACUACCGUAUACGCUUGAUGCUCUUUAUUGCUCAGAGGACCACUGGGAAGACGACGAUGAAGAAGAAGAAGAAGAAGAAGAAGAAGAAGAAGAAACGGGUUUUGAUAAGCAACCUUACUCUAAUCUAACAACCGAAUCUAGUUCUCCGAUUCUAGCAGUGGCAGAGCAGGACCUGUUUUGGGAAAACGAUGAACUAAUUUCUCUGUUUUCGAGAGAGAAGCCUAAUGAACUGUUUAAAACCAUUCAGAUUGACCCUUCUCUUGCUUCCGCCCGACGAAGCGCCGUCGAGUGGAUGUUGAAGGUUAAUGCUCAUUACUCUUUCUCUGCUCUCACUGCGGUUCUCGCUGUCGAUUACUUGGAUCGGUUCCUGUCCUGUUUUCAUUUUCAAAGAGAUAAGCCAUGGAUGUCUCAGCUUGCUGCUGUUGCUUGCAUCUCUCUUGCUGCCAAAGUAGAGGAGACCCAAGUCCCUCUUUUAUUGGACCUACAAGUGGAAGACAGUAGAUAUCUGUUUGAAGCCAAGACCAUUAAGAAAAUGGAGCUUCUUGUGCUCUCUACGCUUCAAUGGCGGAUGAAUCCCGUUACCCCAUUUUCUUUUGUGGAUUAUAUCUCAAGGAGGCUUGGAUUCAAGGACCAUAUCUGCUGGGAAAUUCUUUGGCAGUGUGAACGAACUAUUCUCUCUGUUAUUUUAGAGUCAGAUUUCAUGUCCUUUCUUCCUUCUGUAAUGGCCACCGCCACAAUGCUGCACGUUUUCAAAGCUAUGGAAGAACCCCACCUCAGCGUUGAAUACGAUUCCCAGCUUCUUAACAUCCUCGGAAUCGACAAGGGGAAUGUUGAAGAAUGCUGUAAACUGAUCUCAAAUGCAUCUAGAAGAAACAGCGACGAAUUCAAGAAACGUAAAUUUGGGUCAAUUCCGGGCAGCCCCAACGGCGUAAUGGAUGUGUCAUUCAGCUCUGAUAGCUCUAACGACUCGUGGUCAGUGGCUUCGUCGGUUUCAUCUUCGCCAGAGCCAUUAACGAAGAAGAACAGAGCAAAUGGAUCGGUCUCAGGAGAUUGCGAAAAAUUCAGAACCCUCUUUUAAUUAACUUCCCUUUCUUCUUUUUCCUCGUAGUCCUUGUAUGUUGAAUAAGAAUGAAUCAAUAUUUUCAUCGAAUUCUGCAAGUUAAAUUGCCUUACCAUCUCUGCAGUUGAGGGCCAAUGGAUGAGCAAUCGGAAGUUUAAAACGCAGAGAUGGCUGGCAUUUUAUCUGGAUCCAAAGAACAUUAGAACUUAUAACAAUGAAGAGCAGUUUAAGUUGUUUAAUUGUUUAAUG